GGGGCGGCGGAUCGGUAGACAGACGGACAGCAGCUGGUGACGAGUGUGACGAGUGAAGUGUGAGGUUGAAAGCCCGCGCGUGUGAAAGCCUGAAAGACAACGUAUUAUAUCUUGGUUCCGAGGGCGGUGUGGACAAGGACGACGGACGGCAGCAGUUCCUGGUGACUAGAGGACCGCGACGGCGACCCAGCAUCGCGCAUCGCAUUGCGCCCCCACUGGACGUGCCGCGGCGUCGCCAUGUCGGCGAGUGGCGACGUGUCCGACGACGGCGAGGUGUCGCUGACGACGUCGGACUCGUCCUUCGGCACCUCCUCGUCCAACCCGACGCCCGACAGGCCGACCUCCGCCAGGGCGACCACCCGACUGCCUGCCGCCUACUCUGUGAAUUUGAACAGAGACCCGGACGUGUGGCGUUUCGACGAGGCUUGCCGCGCUCGCCGGGCUGCUCGCCGGAACCAGAAGGCGAAUGGCAGAAGCAGGACUGUGCCCACGCCGGCGAACUUGGUCCCCAUCCCUACCAGUGACGUGCCAGCCCAGCGCAGGCCGGCGGACCUCCGGAUGCUGCUGAACCAGAAGCGGGGCUGCGGCAGCGCCGCGGGCAGCGCCGCGGGCAGCGCGUCGUUCGAACACGACGUGGAGGACGGCGGCGGCGUCCCGGUGGAAGUCUACGACGACCGGGAAGUGGUGCUGUGCGAUGACCGGGAGGACAUCCAGGUGGUGGUGCACCGGCAGCGGGAGACCCGCGACCACCGCCAGCACCGCGAUGACGGCAUGCGCCGCGAACGCCAGGAUGACAGCCUCCGCGGACGGCAGCAGGACCGCCUGCCCGCCGACCGCCACCGCGCCGCCUACUGUGCGUGCGACCAGCAGGACGAGGAGCAGCGGCAGGUGUGCGCCGUCAGCAGCAGCGCGCCGCCCGAGCGCCGCGACAGCUUCAGCUCCACGAGCUCCGUGGAGGUGCUGGAGUACGUGAAGCCGCCUCCCGAGGUCGUGGACCUGUCCAGCGACUCGGAGUGCUCGACCAAGUCCCUCGCCGCCGCCGACGACGACGACGACUCCGAGACCGAGUUCGACGAUGAUGAGUGCGAGUUUGAGUCCGAGGAAGGCACAGUGGACCUGGAGGACGAGCCGACGCCGACCACCACACCCUCAGAGUGCCCCCUCCAGGACACCACCGCGAAGACUGCGUCCCCCGACACCGAGGAGGCCACUGCCGGGAAGAACAUGGCCACGCCGCCGGCAGCCCCCGUGUCCGCUCUCCAGGACGGCGCUGCCGAGACUGCGUCCACCGCCACCGAGGAGGCCGUCGACUCGGGGCCCUCGCUGAACAGCUCCGCCGAGGACGUGGACGCCGCAGUGGCUGGGACUGGUGACUCGGAAGCCAGUGUCGCGGUGGAGGCUGCCUCCCAUGGUAGCUCAGCCACUGUGUUAGCUGGUGACUCGCAGGCCAGUGCCGCGCAGCCUGCUUCUCCUUCACUCACUUUCAAGCUCGACUCCAUGGUGGAGGGUGCCUCCCAUGGUAGCUCAGCUACCAUGGCAGCUGGUGACUCGCAGGCCAGUGCCGCGCAGCCUGCUUCUCCUUCACUCACUUUCAAGCUCGACUCCAUGGUGGAGGGUGCCUCCCAUGGUAGCUCAGCUACAGUGUCAGCUGGUGACUCGCAGGCCAGUGCCGCGCAGCCUGCUUCUCCUUCACUCACUCUCCAGCUCGACUCCAUGGUGGAGGCUCCGCCUGGUAGCCCAGCCACAGUGGUAGCUGGUGACUCGCAGGCCAGUGCCGCGCAGCCUGCUUCUCCUUCACUCACUCUCAAGCUCGACUCCAUGGUGGAGGGUGCCUCCCAUGGUAGCUCAGCCACUGUGGUAGCUGGUGAUGGUGACUCGCAGGCCAGUGCCGCGCAGCCUGCUUCUCCUUCGCUCACUCUCGAGCUCGAUUCCAUGGUGGUGGGUGCCUCCCAUGGUAGCUCAGUCACAGUGGUAGCUGGUGACUCGCAGGCCAGUGCCGCGCAGCCUGCUUCUCCUUCACUCACUCUCCAGCUCGACUCCAUGGUGGAGGCUCCGCCUGGUAGCCCAGCCACAGUGGCAGCUGGUGACUCGAAAACCAGUGUGGCGGAGGGAGCAUCUUCUCCUGUGGCCCCCAAGCUUGACCGCAUGGUGGAAGCUGUGUCUUCUCCAGGAACUCCUCAAAUGGCUUCUACUCCUGCAAGUGCCAGUUUUUCCAACUUCUGGCGGCCUUGGGGUUCACCCGCACCCCGGUCUCGGACCGAAGAGGCCCCAACAAUUGUUGAGGCACCGGUGAAAAAGAAGAAGAAAUUGUCACGGAAGUCUCGGGAGAUGGGUGUGAAGGAGGAGCCGACGAAGAAGAAAUUGUCACGGAAGUCUCGGAAGAAGGGUGUGAAGAAGGAGGAGCCGACGAGCCCGCUCCUGCUGCCGAUCAUGUCCGCUGCCAGCCUCAUACCGGUCAUGAAGCUGAAGAGAGAGCGGCUGCUGCUGGAGACGCUGGAGGCGGACCAGGAGCCUCGGCAACCCGCCGUGCAGCCGGGCCAGGCCACUGUCAGGCCCAAGCCGAUGCCGGCCAGCAAGCGGCGUGCACUGGAGGGCCUUGCACUGGCAGGCGAGCCUUCAGCCUGCCUGUCGGCCUCCAAGAGGUGUCGCCCGGGUGCGGCUGAUGCUCCCAGCGCCGAGCCCAGCACGCGCGCCGCGAAGAGCCCAGUCUGCGCCCCGAGGCCAGCCCUGCUGAAGACGCCGGAGCCAGGGGAGCAGGCCUCGUCCUCCAGGACGCCGAUGAUGGAGCCAGUGCCGCGCCCUGCCGGCCGGCCCUUCUUGCUGCCGACGCCGGCCUUGCCGGCCUUGCUCAGGACGCCCUCGCCGUGCGGCCGGAGCACACUGCAAGGCCAGCCACGCGCCUGCAGCAUGGACGCGGACUCGUCGUCGCCGGGGUCGUCGGGCCCGCCACGGCACCGCCGGAGGUCCGCGGCAGCCUCCUCCAGCAUGGGCGGCAGGAUGGCGAGCAGGGAUGUAUGGCAAGCCAACGCGGCGCGGGGACCAGGAGAAGUAAUAAAUCGUUAUAUUUAUCCUUGGGCUUCCGCUCCAACCCCUCCUUCGCCAGCAACGACGACUGCCAACCAACCAGGCCUACCAAACCCUGCCUUUGGUGGCCUUGAAAAUGCGCUAUUGCGGAACCCUGCUGCCAGAUUUAUGAAUCCUUUCUCAAGGAAAGCUCAUAACCCAUUCCAUUGAAAAUGUUCGAGUACUUAUUUUGUCUCUCUCUGAUUUUUUUUUACCUGUGAUCAGUAUCUAAUCAAUACUGACUGAAAAUUGUUCGAGUCCUUUUUUUUUUGUCUAACAAAUUAAGCUUAAUCCUGAAGAUUGUUUUCACUCAAUCCAGGAAUUGAAUCUUUGAAUUAUAGAGCAUUUAUUUUUCACUGA